AUGUUGAGUGUAGCACCAGCUUACGCGACGACGGUUUAUGAUGCUGCCGGCAAUACUUACCAAAUGUAUCCAAAUCGAGCAAUAUAUCCAACUGCCGUGCCUAUCACUUCCCCGGAUAUGCGUAGUUUUGAAACUAUACCACAUCGUAUUUUUGUAGGAGGAUUUCCAGCCGCGACUACAGAACUGGAGUUACGAACAUUUUUUGAACAGUUUGGCCAUGUAAGGGAGGCUAAAGUAAUAAGAAGUAAUGAGGGCGCUUCAAAAGGCUAUGGAUUUAUAACUUUUGACACAGAAGAGGAAGCAAAGGCCAUUAUGCAGUCGGCAAACGUAAGAUUAUAUUCUUUAUCCAUAUUUCCGCUGUAUCUUUCUCACUGA